GAUGGCGGCGGCUCCUUCAGGCCGCUGAAGGGGGAUUUAGGCCCGGAAGAUCCGAGUCCAUCCGCGACGGGGAGAGGGCGAGCGGGGUUGGCGGGGGCUGGAGCAGGGGCGGCGGCGCUCGGACUGUCCCAUCCGCCCCGUAUUGAGGCGCUGGGAGCAGCGAGGCGGCCGGAAAGCGAUGGUGAAAGCGGGGCCGUGAGGGGGGCGGAGCCGGCAGCCCGACCCGCCGUAGCGGCAGCAGCGGCGCCGCCUCCCCGAGCUCAGACCCAGGAAGCGGCCGGGAGGGCAGGAGCGAGCCGGACCCGCCGCCGCCGCCGCCGCCAUGGAGCUCAGAGUCGGGAACAGGUACCGGCUGGGCCGGAAGAUCGGCAGCGGCUCCUUCGGAGACAUCUAUCUCGGUACGGACAUUGCUGCAGGAGAAGAAGUUGCCAUCAAGCUUGAAUGUGUCAAAACCAAACACCCUCAGCUCCACAUUGAGAGCAAAAUCUACAAAAUGAUGCAGGGAGGAGUCGGCAUCCCCACCAUCCGGUGGUGCGGGGCGGAGGGGGACUACAAUGUCAUGGUGAUGGAGCUGUUGGGGCCGAGCCUGGAGGACCUGUUCAACUUCUGCUCAAGGAAAUUCAGCCUCAAAACUGUCCUGCUGCUUGCUGACCAGAUGAUUAGUCGCAUUGAAUACAUUCAUUCAAAGAACUUCAUCCACCGAGAUGUGAAGCCAGAUAACUUUCUCAUGGGGCUGGGGAAGAAGGGCAACCUGGUCUACAUCAUCGACUUUGGGCUGGCCAAGAAGUACCGGGAUGCCAGGACCCACCAGCACAUCCCCUACCGUGAGAACAAAAACCUCACCGGGACGGCGCGGUAUGCCUCCAUCAACACGCAUCUUGGAAUCGAACAAUCUCGAAGAGAUGACUUGGAGUCACUGGGCUAUGUGCUCAUGUACUUCAAUCUGGGCUCUCUGCCCUGGCAGGGGCUGAAGGCAGCCACCAAGAGGCAGAAGUACGAGCGGAUCAGCGAGAAGAAGAUGUCCACCCCCAUCGAAGUGCUGUGUAAAAGCUACCCCUCUGAGUUUGCCACGUACCUGAAUUUCUGCCGCUCCUUGCGUUUUGACGACAAGCCUGACUACUCCUACCUGAGGCAGCUCUUCAGGAAUCUCUUCCACCGCCAGGGCUUCUCCUAUGACUACGUGUUCGACUGGAACAUGCUCAAAUUCGGAGCCAGCCGGGCCGCUGAUGAUGCUGAGCGGGAGCGCCGGGACCGAGAGGAGCGGCUGAGGCACUCCCGAAACCCAGCCGCCCGCGGCCUCCCCUCCACGGCCUCUGGCCGCCUGCGGGGCACCCAGGAAGUGGCUCCUCCCACCCCCCUCACCCCUACCUCACACACUGCUAACACCUCUCCUCGGCCCGUGUCCGGCGUGGAAAGAGAGCGGAAAGUGAGUAUGCGGCUGCACCGCGGCGCCCCUGUCAACAUCUCGUCCUCCGAUCUCACAGGCCGGCAAGACACCUCCCGCAUGUCCACCUCACAGAGGAGCAGGGACGUGGCAUCUCUCCGGCUGCACGCGGCCCGCCAGGGUGCCCGCUGCCGUCCCCAGCGCCCGCGACGCACCACCUACUGAGGCGGCCCCAGCGGCCUCUGACCGGGCUCCCAGCCACACAGGCCACCACUGGCCACGAGGGCAGGUGGGUGUGAGGUACUCGGGGCGAGGCCAAGCAGGGCUGGACAAGGAGGACGGGAGCAGAUGCCCACCCUGGGCACUGACCGCGUAGGGCCACGAUCCGCCAAUCGAGGGGUGAAUAAAUGGAAGGCAGGAAGAUCAUUUUCUUUAAACACACACGCAGUGAACUAGAAUCACACGUAUGUCUCAGCUUAAGUGCACAUGCCUUGUAGGGGGCUCCCGAGCGCGGCCACACCCCUGCAGCACGGCCCCCUUCCCUGCCAGCCCCCGGGGCCGUGUGUGGAUGCUGAGCCGUCUGGGCUCCAGCAGGGCAGGGUUCAGAACCAGCAGCUUAGAAAGCUGACCCGGCUGACAAGGGCCAGAGCCACUCUGUAAAAACCAGAUUGUUGAGAAAAGGAAUUUGGAGUGAACAGACCCCUAACCCACGUAGAAAAACACCCUAGCUCCUUGAAGACGUUCCUUCCAAGGUGGCUCCUCCCACACGCAGGUUUAUUUCAGACCUUCAGAGGUGAAGGGAGUUUGGUUCCCCAGGCACCCCGCGAGGGGCGGGCUGGGGCGCCGUGGUGGAGACAGGGCAGGAUGGGGCGCAGCCAGCCAUGCGGGGAGGCCCCUUCCCGAGACCGUGCCGCUCAGCCGGCUCUCCCCAGCCUCGCCCUCUGAUGCCCGCCAUAUUGUCUCUGAAGCGUGGGUUUCUAGGUCCCUGAGCUCAGCGGUGGGCACCGGGCUACUCCGGGGUCAGCAGGCUGGUUCCCUGGUGCAGACGGCUCGUAACCUCGCGGCUGGGCUUCACCAGUUUGGAAUGACACGGUUCCCAGCCCACCACCUCCCCGGAGAAACACGGACGGCCAAGCUAGUCCUGUUUGUGAAAUAAACAUGAGCGUUGAAGUCUCUGUCCGGUUCCAUCACCCCCGCUGGCCUCCUGGGCUCAGACGCUUGUUUCUGGGGUGUGAACGACCUCCCCGUUUUUCUCGGGCUCUGCUUUCAGGAAGUGCUCCACCUCCCGAGAGUCCACCCUCACGUCCGCGGGGGGCUUGUGGCGCUCCUCUUCCUCCACGGCCGCCUCGGGCCUCUUCCUAAUGCAGAAGAAGUUGCCCAGCACCAGCACGAGGGAGGAGGCCAGCACCUCGGCCCCUGCCAGGACAAACACGUACUGGUAGACGUGCGUCGCAUCCAGGACCUUGCCUGCAAAGGGGUUACAGCGUCAGCCUGGGCUGAAGGUCACCCGCACGGUCACUGGCUACUCGUGCGCCACUGUGCUGUUGGGGACAGCCCGGGGGCCCCUGUCCCAGCCUCCCCGCCCCCCCCCCCCCCCAGGCAGCACGGACCGGGAGGCUUGGAGGAGGGCUGGAGCCGAGCAGGUGCAGGAGGCAGGCGCCCGGAGGUAACCUGACCACACAGCCUGUCACGGGAGGCCUCGUCACCCACGGCCCCCACAGGAACUGCCUGGGCCCCAGAAGGGCCCCAGGACCAUGAGGCACAGCCCAGGUGCUCGCGGGGUCCCGUGGGGGGGGGCCUACAGAGACAGCUGGAGAGACCCAGGCCAGGCUGCCCGCCUAGCCCACACCCCAGGAUUUUCUCAGUCUUCACAGAGAAGAGCAAAGGCCCAGCAUAACCGAAGCUGACCCCCAGCGCGGCUCUGAGCUGGCCCACAUGCGGGGAUGGUAGCGCCCUCAGGAUUCACGCACAUGCCAGCCUUUGGCCCAGGAGGUGCAUGUGGCCGGUGUUCACUCCUGACACCUGCUGGUCACCUGGGCAGGGGUCCCUGCAGCUAAGAGCCCUCCCGCGGUGGGCCCCCUCCCCCAAGAAGACUUGCUCCCUGCUGCGUCCCACCACUCACCUCCCGAUGGGGGCCCAAUGAGCACGGCGAUGGCCUCCAGCAGCAGCACGAGGCCAAUGGCACUGGAGAACUUCUGGGUGCCCACAAUAGCCAUGAGCACCUCGAACUGCAAGGCCCCCACCAUGCCGUAAGAGAUGCCGAAGAAGAUGCAGAAGACCACCAGGCCUCCAUAGUCGCUGGCCGUGGACCCCGUGAGGUCAGUGAAGCCAUUGAAGAACAUGGAGAAGCUGAAGAGGUAGACGGAGUAGGGCCGCACCUUCUUAAGGCCUGUGAUGAAGCCGGCGGUGGGCCGGGCAAAGAUGUCAACGAAGCCCAGCACGGUGAGCAGGAAGGCAGCCUGGGUGUCGGGCACACCCAGGUCCUUGGCGUAGCUCACCACAAACACGGGGGGCACAAAGAGCCCCAGCACCAUGAUGGAGGCGGCCACGGCGUAGAUGACAAAGCCACGGUCCUUGAAGACACUCAGGUCCAGCAGCCGAUGGGAUGGCCGCUGGGGCGCAGGCCCCGAACCCGGCCUGGGCGCCUCCAGGGGCCUCAUGAGCGCAGCGCACACGCAGCAGUUGAGCAGGAGGCCCCCCAGGAUGAGGAAGCCGCCCCGCCAGCCAUAGUGGUCCUGCAGCAGCUGCCCCAGUGGGGACAGGGUGCACAGGAAGACAGGGCUGCCCGCGGCUGCCAGCCCGUUGGCCAUGGGGCGCCUCUUGUUGAAGUAGCGGUUGAGCAUGAUGAGUGAUGGCUGGAAGUUGAGCGCCAAACCCAAGCCUGCGGGAGGGGCAGGCGGGUGAGGCAUCAUGCCAGCCUGCCCGGCCCCUCGUCCCUGUCCCCCGUUUUCCACCCUGAAGUUCUAGGUGAGGGUCUGCAGGUGUCCAUGUGAGGGGACCCAAUGUGUGUCCAAAGCCCCUGUCCCCAACUGACAUGCGAGGAGAGACCAGUGGGGAGCAGGGGACAGACUGAUGCCAGGGCAGCUGCCCGCUCCUCAGAGGCCCUGCUCUGGGUACAGUGCCCCAGUGUCCAGCCACCUGAACCAUCGCACCCGGCCACAGAGGGGCCAGUGUGCCAUGGCCUGCCCCGCCCCCGGCCGGGCCCCACUCACCGGUAAUGACCCCAGUGGUGAGGUAGAGCUGGAUGAUGCUUCUGCAGAAGGACGCAGCCACCAUGCCCAGGGAUGCCAGGAGGCCACCCGCGAGCAUGACGGGCCGGCAGCCAAAGCGGUUCACGCACACGCUGCAGAGUGGGCCUGUGGGAGGCGGGGGCACAGGGUUGGGCCCAGUCUCUCCAUGCUCACGGAGAGACCUGGCCUGGCGGCCGGGCCAGGGCUGGCCCCACCCUCCCCUGACGCCCCCGCCCCUGCUCAGCAGACACACCAGGAGCCCAGGGUGCGAGAGUCACACUCAGACGCCUUCCUGAGCAAAGCACGGUUCACAGCGAAAUGUCCUGCACGGACUCAGCCUGUGCCCGGUUUGGCCCUGUGGGGAGCCACGGCUUUUGGUCAGGAGCCCCUCCAGAGCUCCCCUGCAGGCACCCCAGAACCCGGAUGCUCCUGCCAGUCCCCCACUCCAGGCCUUUUUGCGUGUGAAGCUCUUAACCAGAGCUGCCCUUGGUGAACUCCAGAAGUGACCACCGGGCGUGACAGCCCCGUACCUGUCCCGUACAACAUGGCCAGCAGGAUGGAGGAGAUCCAGGCUGUGUCGCUGUAACCGAUCCCAAACUCACGCAUGAGCUCCUUGAAGAAGACGCUGACCGCCUUGGGGAAGGCGUAGGAGAAGCCCGUGAUGACGAAGCAGCCAAAGAGAACGGCCCAGCCCCAGCCCCCAUCAGGGGCCUUGAUGCCUGUGGGGCCCUCGUCAACCACGGCACCACCCAUGGCCAGGAGGGCGGGUUGUGCGUCCCUGAGGAAGGAAGUCAAGCUGACGCAGUUGUCUGGCCUCGGCCACAGCAGGGCCCUGCUGCCCGAGCUACCUGACAGCCCCGCCUCUGGCCCUCACCUGCCUUGGGCGCAGGGCAGGAGCAUCUGGGCUGACGGGCAGCUGCAGCCUUUCCUCCCGCCCCCACUCAGGCCUGGCCUGCUCCCACCCAGCUGGCUCUAAAGGGCAGUGGCUUUUUUGGGCUCAGCACGGUCUCAGGUUACCUCCCGAGGAGGACAGACCCCAGCAGGGCCAUCAGCCCAGCCCAGCCCAGCCCGUCCUCCCGCCUGACCCCAUGUGGGGGAACAGGCUGCACUUUCCGUCCACUGUGGGCAGGUCCUGUGAGAGGGGGCCUGGGCCCCACCUGGGGUGGUAUCCCUGGGGGCCUAAUCUAGCUGUGGCCAGCCGUGCUCUCCCACCCCCAGGGGAGCGGGGCUCCUGAUUCUGUCCUCUGUCGCGCUGCCCCCUGAGUGAGAGCCUGAGGGAGCGGCGCGGGCAGGCCGGAGUCGGGGGGCGGACAGUCCUUACCACAGAGGACGCCCCCGUGCCCUCUGGCGAAGGAGGGACUCCUCCCUCCCAGUUAUCCACAGGCUGCAGCUCUUCCAGGAGAGCUGGGCGGGUGGGGGGAGGGGGGAUCUCUGCAGAUCAAGGAAGGGGAGACCCCAGGCAGGCAGCAGAGCUGAAUGAAGGGAUAGGUGGGCAGGGGUGCAGCUUCCGUGCAGCCCGCUGGCGCAGACCGGGCUGCUAAGGCGAGGAGGGUGCUGCCUGCGCCCACUGUCGGCCGGGAACCCCCCAGCAGCCCCGGGCCCACUUCCUGCCCAAGCCACAGCUUAGCCCCGUUGAGGCACCGUAACUUGGAACGCUGGGACCAGACGUCCAUCUGGAGACCCCAGCCUCCCCUCUUCAUCCCUCGCCUCCACCUGAUCCUAGCACCGGAAAUCUCCUGAUCCCAGAGAUGAGACUGGUGGCUGGUCCCCCCAGCUCACCGGACAGAGGCUGUUUCCAGAAGAGGGCCGCCUCAGCGCAGGUGUGGGGAAGGGAGGGCAGCCCCCGGGGCCUGGGCCUGUUGGGUCCAGCCCGCUCCGCUGCCCGCCACAGCCUGGCCGCUCCCCACCGGCAGUGUGCGAAAGACCAGCUCUGGGGGAAAGAAGUCCCAAUGGGGAGCAUUUGCCAGUUCUGUGGUGUAAACGCUCCACCUACCCGGAUGUCCAGGAACGUCCCAACCGGGAGACUGCACGGCCCCAGUGCCAGCCACCUGGCUCCACCCCCCCGUCCCCUUUCCGACAUCAUCCUUGACCUUGCCAAGCCCCCUGGGCGGCCCAUUUUCUGUGUGCGAGGCUUAGAACCUGGGGCAGGACUUUGGAGUGAGGACAAGGGCCUCAGCGCCCGGCCCCUGGGAGUGCAGGGUCACGGAGGGGGAGGAGGAGUGCGGAGAGUAACCCCCCAGCCUCCACCCUGCCCCUGCCCCCCACACACCUGACUGUUGCCCGGGGGGGUGGUGGGGGGGUCUGUGUGCGGGGUGUCUGGGUGAUUCCAGGCAGCAGCUGCUGUCGAAGAGAACCUCCAUUAGAUGACGGGUCCUCAGGAGCCAGCUGGCCGCCAGGCCGACACAGCCCACUGGAGCAGAGAGCGGCCCCGGCCCCCACCCCCGGCCGGGCCAGGCUUCACAGCCACGGGCACCGCGUCUGGGAAACCCAGGAGACCAGCUCUCCUCUCCCUGGACUCCCAGACCCCAUGCCCUUUGGCACCGCCCCCCCACUUCCCACCGGCUCUCCCAAGUGCUCAGAAGGCUCGCGGACCGGAGAGCAAGAUGCAGGGUGUUACUGAGGCCAAGGGCUGCGCAGCCCCCGGGGGGCACAGCUGAGAGGUUCACGGGGGCACCCGGACCCAGGAAGCCCCUGGUCCUCCUGCAGACAUGCCCACAGCCCCCCCAGGUGGCCCAUUCCUGCAUCUAAGGCAUCCCUGGAACCCGGGACUGGACUCUGCCUGGAUAGUCUGGCCUCACCCCCGGGUUCGGUCCUCCAGAUCCCUGCAUCAGACUGCAGCCAUGUGCCCGAGGCUGGGACGGGACAGGGGGGCGAGCGCCAUCCCACAGCCAAAACACACGGGAUGUGGACACCAAGCAGAGAUAUCCCUUACCCUCGUUAGUGUCAAGCUUCAAAGGUGGCCGUGGGGGCCCCGAGGGGCUAGUUGUCUCGGGUUGUGGGUUUAUAGACGUUUACUCAUUUUUUAAAAAAUAAAGUAGCCAAAGCAGGAA